CUUUCUUUUCCCUUAAUAUUACAAAAAAACUAUGACUACAUCUUUAAAGAACACGAUGGCAAACGAACACACGAUGAACGAACUAUUAGAGAGUUCAACAGGAGGAAAGAACCAUCGACGACAAACAUCACAUGGAUUAGAAAUUAAUACGUCUAAAACCAACUCAUUUUUUCACACGGCAGAUGUACCUACACCACGUCCACCACCUUCCAUCAGUCGCAAGAUCUCUAUCAAACAAACGCCCAACAGUACCAGUACCAGUAUAUCACCUCCCUCUCCUUCCUCUAUAAAGAUUACAGAAGAAGAAGAGGAGGAUGCGUUAUAUCAUCAUGAUAGUUAUGCCAAUCGUCUUAGAAAUCUGGUAGCCUCCACACGUCAAGCAUCGGUGGCACCUGCCCCUUCUCCCAUUCCACAGUACCUGAACGCCAAAAAGCCUUAUGGAUCGCUCGAGUCACCACUUCGAUCGCCCUUUGAUGAAAAUCAGACGAUGGUGGACGAAUUACUAUCACUUCCCACACCGCAUGUACCUGCUGAACCGCGUCAUUUCGUCUUCCCCAUUCAGGAAAUCUCUGUCAUCUCUUCCGAUAUCAUCAGACCUUCGCUAUCCAAUGAAAUACCACGUUUAUCCGAAAACUUGAAACUGGGAGACCAGGAUAUCAUGACCAUGCGACGUGAACCCGUCGUUCGAAAAGACGAAUUAGAAACAGAUCUGGUUGGCAAGCAAAUUGGCUCAUAUCGGAUUUCCCGGUUGUUAGGCGUGGGUGCUUUCUCUCAUGUCUAUUUGGCCCAUCAUGUCGACACUGCCGAAUUAUUUGCUAUUAAGACUAUACAAAAGGGAAGACUGUUGGAUGAUCCUCGUGUCAGAUCCAGCAUGGAAAGAGAAGUGGGUGUGUUGAAGUUUAUAGACCAUCCGAAUAUCGUUCAUUUAGAAGCAACCAUGGAAACCGAACAUAUGAUGUGUAUUGUGUUGGAAUAUGUAGAAGGAGGCGAGUUAUUCGAUUUUGUACAGAAAAUGCAUCAAGAGACAGCCAGUGUGGAUGAAGAAAAGGUGAAGAAGGUGUUUUUACAAGUGUUGAAUGCAGUAAAAUGGUUACAUGGUCACAACAUUGUUCAUCGAGACCUCAAGCUAGAAAAUAUUCUCAUUCAAAAGAAGGACAAUGACGAAAUAUUGAAAAUCACGGAUUUUGGUUUAGCACGCGUUGUAGAUCCCGAGUCACCUUUAUUAACAACACGAUGUGGUAGCGAAGAAUAUGCAGCACCCGAAAUCAUUCAACAAUCAAAGGACGGUUACGACGGUAGAAAGACAGAUACUUGGUCGCUAGGCAUCAUUCUUUACGCUUUAUUAGUGGGCUAUUUACCCUUCCGUUACGAUCCACGUAAAAAUGAACGUGUCUCUCAACUCUUUUACCGCAUCGUACGCGCCGAGGUGAAGUGGCCCGCAGAUACCCAAAUUUCGCCAGAAGCGAAACACGUCGUCAGAUCCAUUUUGGAGAGAAAUCCAGAUAAACGAAUUUCCAUCCAUCAAAUUGAAGAUCUGCCUUGGUUCCAAACCACCACCACUAUCUAAACCAUUUCAAUCUCCGCAUAUUUAUUUUAUUUUAAUUUUAUAAAAAAAAACACACACCUUUUUUUUUUUUUCUUUUUCUUUCUUUAAACCCCCAAUAUUCCCCUCAUACACACUCACACUAUAUUUAGUAUACGC